AAUAGGACUCUCAGUAACAAUCGUAUUUUCUGAUUUUUGUUGGCGGUGUUUAUAUCAUGUCCGGUGAACUUUAGUAAGUGAAAUUCCGGUCUUCGUAAAAAGUCAUGUCGGCCACACUACGCCCAUAUCUGACAGCAGUGAGGCACACGCUGAAUGCUGCUAUGUGCUUGGAGAAUUUUUCUUCCCAAUGUGUAGAGAGGCACAACAAGCCCGAGGUCGAAGUCAGAAGCAGUAAAGAGCUGCUUCUGACACCUGUUGUGAUUAGCCGCAAUGAAAAGGAGCGAGUCCUCAUUGAAGGAUCCAUCAACUCCAUCCGCGUCAGUAUCGCCGUCAAGCAAGCCGAUGAUAUUGAGCACAUCCUCUGUCACAAGUUCAUGAGGUUCAUGAUGAUGCGGGCCGAGAAUUUCAUAGUGCUGCGACGAAAGCCAGUAGAGGGUUAUGACAUCUCCUUCCUCAUCACAAACUUCCACACCGAGCAAAUGUUCAAGCAUAAGCUGGUGGACUUUGUGAUUCACUUCAUGGAAGAGAUAGACAAAGAGAUCAGCGAAAUGAAACUGGCCCUCAACGCCCGUGCACGCAUCUGCGCCGAAGAGUUCCUCAAACGAUUUUGACAAAGCUCGUGCCCUCCAACGAAGUGAGCUUCCACUUGGUAAUAUAUAUGUAUAAACCACGUUGUUGCAAUAAAUCGUUUUUUAAUGAA